AAAAUAACGUCAAAUAUUAAUAUAAUGUUAUAACAGUGGAGAUAACAAGGAGCUGAAGAGCAAUCUCUGGUGGACACUAUUGGGGUCCCUGGACCCCAGGUUGGGAACCACUGAUGUAGGAUACACUCUGCAGCUUUUAUUCAUGUCAUUCAGCAACCCAAUUUACUUCAGCAACUUCUGGCAUAUUUCUUUAGAAUUCUUCGUCCCCUAUUGUAGAAUUUUAUGUGUCAAAUUAAAAACGUUACAUUGGUAUGCAUGCACAGAGUGCAUACACAGUCUUUAAAACAUCAUCAAAUAAUGGGCGCGCUGACAAAGCCAUCUAUCUAUGAGCCGUUACUUGAGAGGAAGUAGUUAUUGAAGUGACAGACUGCUCAGUUAUUUCAGUUGCACUUGAAGCAGAAGAGAAAACAUGGACAGACCCGAGCACGUUAAGUUAGCAUUGCUGAUAUUAGCAGCAGCACUUCUCUUGGUUAAUGGCCGUCCAGAUCCAGAGAGUCAUGCUGAACUGAUAUCUGAAUUUGAUCCAUCUGUGGAGGUUGUAAUGGGUCCCCCUGGACCAAUAGGACCUCAAGGGGCUCCGGGACCUGUAGGACCCCCUGGGCUUCCUGGACCUGGUGGACCUCGAGGAUUGCCAGGCCCUGUUGGGCCUCCAGGGCCUCCUGGACCUGAGCGGAUCCAAUACCUCUGCCACCCUCCUUUCGCUAAACUAGGACCUCAUGAUGAUGUUUUUGGACAUUAUCCAGUCAAUUAUCCUAAUGAUCCUGAAUUCGCUGGGGACCAGGAAUCACCUGACCUUUACAGAUCUCAUAAUCCUAAUGAUGAGACACCAGGGCAGGAGGAAGAGUAAGUUGAACACAGAUGACUUCAUCUCACCAAACAAGACACCAUCAGUUACAGCUGGCAGAGUACAAUUAAAACAUUGUGGAACUCAUGAAAGUUGACGAAACAUAAGGCAUCAUAUACUUUAUGUGUUAACUAUUGAACAAAUAUAUUAAAGACACUC